AUGGAGUUGGUCUACACUGAACCAGUCCCUCGCGCCUUGAAGCUCAAGAUCACGCCUCUGAAAGGGGAACAGCAAUCCUGCCCACCAGUUGUGAACGGCGGACGGCAAAUGCGUCGAAUUGACAGUACGUGCAUCCACCUCUCUCCCCUCCUCUUCCUCAAAACCACCCUUCUCACAACUCUAUCAGAAACAACCUCCGACGCCUGGGGCCCCCCAGUCUUCGCCAACCGCCGCGCCUCAAUCGAACCCAGAAUAACCGCCCAAAACGAAGACAUGUUCCGCACCUUCCAUCCAGCCCUCCGCUCCGAACCCGAAGUCUUCACUCUAACCCGCAAAGCCACCAACCACCCCGUCUGGCUCGUGUUCCCCCGAAAAGGCGACAGCGGACCCUUCACGCACGUCGGCGGUAGAGCAGUACACACCCAACCGUACUUUGAGACGCCCACCGAGCAUGGGAUGAAAUAUGCGAUGACGAGGGAGGAUCCGAUUCCGCGUGCUAUUGACGUGAAUGAGACUUUGUCGGGGGAGGAUCUGGGGAUGGUUAAGGGGGUUUUUCCGAGGGCGAUUGGGAUUCAGGUUUUUCAGUGUGAGUGUGUGGUUGUUUGGUUUGGGGGAGAGGGAGGAUAUGGUUGCGUCUUGGGAGGAGGGGACGCCGGUUAG